UUGAGUGCGAAUUCGGACUUUGGGCUUAUCGGCUUGAGGGGAAAGUUGCUUUAUAACUAGUUGUUGCUUUUGCUUCUCGCUGGCACCUUUAUAUAUACCAUACCAUUACACUGCAACACCUCGGGCUCCAACCAAUUCGUCAAACACCAUCAAUAUGGCACCACCGUCCGCCGUCGAGUCCCUCAAUGGAGGGUCCUCGGAUGCCCCAACCGACGCCAACAUUGCACCCCACGAGCCGGCCAUCGCUGAAGAGACGGUAGAAGUCAAGAUGAAGAAGAUGCAGCUCCCCAAGCCGCCCAAGUUCGACGACCCGUACAAAGAGCGUGCGUACCUCAAGGGACGGUUAGCAGCCGCGUUCCGCAUCUUCGGCAAGUAUGGAUUCGACGAAGGUGUUGCUGGACACAUCACUCUCCGAGACCCCGUCAACCCCGACACCUUCUGGGUCAACCCCUUCGGCGUCGCCUUCUCCCUCAUCAAAGCCUCGGACCUGAUCCUGGUGAACGAAGCCGGCGAGGUAAUCGACGGCGGGCCCUGCCGCCUCCUCAACACCGCCGCCUACAUGAUCCACUCCGCCAUCCACCAAGCGCGCCCAGACGUCAACGCCGCCGCGCACUCGCACAGCAUCCACGGCCGCAGCUUCUGCGCCCUCGGCCGCAAACUCGACAUCAUCACCCAGGACUCCUGCGCCUUCCACAACGACCACGUGCUGUACGAAUCCUUCAACGGCAUCGUGUUCGCGGAGGAGGAGGGAAAGAACAUUGCCCGCGCGCUCGGAAACAACAAGGCCGCGCUGCUGCAGAACCAUGGGUUGUUGACGGUGGGGGAGACGAUCGAGGAGACGGUGUUUUGGUUCGUGAGUCUUGAGAAGUGCUGUCAUGCGCAGCUGAUGGCGGAUGCGGCGGCGGCGGGCAGGGGCGGAGAGACGGUCAAGAUUCAUGAGGAGGAUGCGGCGUAUACGUAUAAGGCUGUUGGGUCGAAGGUUGCUGGGUACUUUUCUGCGAAGCCGCUGUUUGAUGUCAUUCAUAAGGAGACGGGGGGUGAUUACUUGGAGUAAUCAUAUCAAUAUGGUUGUGUGGUCAUUGUAGGCGUUUGGGGUCAUUCAUUUGCAUCGUUUACCUACCUAUACUUUACUCAGUUGAGCAGCACGGGUUAACAACCU